CGCUCCAGUCCACUAGUUUUUCAAGAAAAAAACUCCACUCCACUCCACAGCUAGCGAGUAGCGACGACGCGCAGCCCACCCACCACGCACCACGCACCACGCACCACGCACCACGAUAUCAAGCAUCGCGCUAGCCGCCGGUGGCGUCGCAAGCAGCAGCAGCGGUAUCCUGAUCGAGCACAUCCAAGAGAGAGAGCGCGCGAUGGAGACGAUGAAGGAGGCGGCGGCAGUAGAGCAGCAGCAGCAGCAGUGGCGGGGCGUGGUGGAGGCCCCCCUGCCGUCGACCCCGGCGUCGGCGGCGUGGCCGCACAUCGCCAGCUUCUGCGCGCUGGACCGGUACCUCCCGGGCAUCGACGUGUGCGAGCUCGCGGCCGGGGAGGACGGCCGCCCGGGGUGUGUCCGCUACGUGGCCUCUCUGGCGCCCGCUGCUGCCAGCGGGGACGACGCGGAGCGGGAGGUCGCCAGCUGGGCGCGCGAGGAGCUGCUGGAGAUCGACGGCGCCGCCCGCCGCCUCGCGUACGCCAUCGUCGGCAACAGCAUGGGGUUCGGCCGCUACGUCGCCACCAUGACCGUCGCCGCCGACGAUGGCGACUCCUCGGCGGGGUGCAGGCUGGUGUGGGCGUUCGAGUGCGAGCCCGUGCAGGGGUGGAGCCUCGACGGGCUCCUCGGCUACCUCGACGGCGGGGUCAAGGCCAUCGCCGCGCGGAUCGAGGAAGCCGAGGCCGCCAAAGAUGUUGCCGGAGGAGACGACGUAGCCAUCUACCGCCGAAUUGUCGCCCAAUGAUUGGUUCACGACACUCUUGUUGCUUGCUUGUCUCUCCUUCCCUUCCUUCUAUCUCUGCCGAGUUUCAUUGUACUACCUCGUGUCGUGUCAGCUGAGACUUGAAAGAAAGGGACACUGUGCUGUUGGCUCCUGAUGCUCUUGUUUCCUUGUGGGCCCUGCCACCCUGUGGGCUGUAUCUGUAUGCUUCCCGAUUUUGCGCAACCAACCAGUGGGCUGCGAUUCGUUUUGCUACUGGGCCAUGGAAGAAAGAGACUUGCAUAUGUUCGCUUCCCACUUGCGGCGUGUAUUUUUCCAGCUAGCUAACCUACUCCUAGAUGAGAAUCCCAACGCUUGGAAGAGACAGAGAACAGGUUCCGUGAGCAUGCUACAGAGUACAGCUAGAUGAAGAUCUAUUCGUCUGCACAUGGCUCAUUUUUCUGAAGCAAAAAGAAAGUUGUGUCUGUACGACACGCACGCAAAUUUGUAUUCCGUUCAAGUUCAAGUGUGUGCAUUGCAGCUGGGUGUUUUCUCCCACCACUACAGAGUACAGCCUCGUGAAGAAAAAUGAGGGUUCUAUAUUGCAGCUGAGCUGGGUGUUUUCAAACACCACUACGCGCCAGAAUCUGUGUUCGUAGCUUCAGAUAUCUUCUCAAACUCUUAGCAUGAUUAGGGGUUAGGGUCUGAGGUACUCUGUGUGGAAUUGGAGUAAGGGCCUACCGUGUUCACUCCCAAGUGUAAAGGGCUAGUAGGUUGGACAGCAGGCCACCCAAUCAGGGACGUGGGUGGAGUGGCAAGACAGCUGGGUAUCAUCGUUAUUGUUAUUGUUAGGUCAGUCGUACCGUUGUUACCAAAACUGCUAUAUCAGCAUUUUAAUGAAAUAGAACUAUCACUCUCACUGUGCA